AUGAAGCUUCUCCUACUAUUCCUAGUUCUUGUCUCUAUUUCUUCCGGAUUACCAGAAGAUUCAGCAAGAAGCUAUCUGAAAGCUUAUUACAAGCAUUUGAAGUUGGAGAAACUUGAGAAUUUUUUGACAUCGGAUUAUAAAUUGACGAUUUCUUCAAAUGGAACCGUCUUUGAUAGAGGUAAGAAUUUUUUUUUCUAAAAAAAAAUAUUUUUGUUGAUUUUUUUUAUCAGAUCAAGUUUUGAAAAAUCCAAAAAUUUUGGACAUUCAUCCACUCCGCAAAUAUUUGACCAAUUGGGAUGAGUUUUUGGAUUCGACUAUUUCAAGACAUUUCAUAGAUGGACUGGAAGUCAGAUUCUACAAAAACAACACUCUAAUCUUUAUCUCUGUAGGUACUAAAUGUGAUGGUACUGUGAUGGAAGGAGGAUUUGAAGUAUAUGAAGAAACUGAUUUAUCAUAA